GUAAUUCGAGACAACGUCGCGUGGCUCACACCAUUCAGACGCGACGCGUUGGACAUCGAGUUCUUGGACCAAUGUCAGCUGUGCAAACUCUACGACGCCCUGGUUGGGGACGAGUGCGGCCUUGGCAACGCAGGCGCGCCCCCCUGGGGCCUGCGUGGGCAGCCGCUGGACGCUUCGUCGGCAUGCGGUGAAUUGCGGUCACUUAGUGGAGGCAGCGACGGCCUCGGCACGGCGUCUCCCGUGGGUUUGGAGGCUAAGCCUUUCGAAUCAGAACUGGCGGCGGAGGUCACUGCCAUCUUGCAGAGGCUGCCCGCAUCUCAUGACGCGCGGGUCCAGCAUGCAGUCGCUCGGGCAUAUGCCAGGAUCAUCUCGGCGGGAUGUGUUGAUAACAGAGCAGAUGCAGUGCGAAUCGUCGGGUCAGGUUGCGCGGUCGAGGCCGUGCUGGAAGUUUGCGCAGCCGCUCUGGGCGCGCAUGCCAGCGUCGACGACGUGGCCUUGCCGGGGGCAAUCGUGUUCCCCGCUCCGCGCAAAACCUCGCUGACCCCGCAGAUCGAAA